AUGAGACUACUUGACACUCUCAACCCUAAAGCCGCACUCAGGAGAAUAUGGAUCGCCAUUCCAAUUCUUUUACUCUGCGCUCAAUCCGUGGGGGCCGCAGCUAUAAUAAAACCCCGAGCCAGCCAAAACAGUACAUAUUCAACCAUUGAAGAGUACCACCGACAAAGAGCGGACUUGGUCGCUGCAGAGCGCGCGCUUCGCUUCGAUGCUGAACGCAUACGCAAUGCGACGUCACGCGAAACCAAAGCGACCGAGAUCGUUGACGUACUCCGAGAGCAGGAAGCGGUGAGUAUUUGGCGUGCCGAUCCGAACAAGGAAUUAGGGAUGCCAUUCCUUUGGGCCAAGGAAACAAUCGCCCAGACAAGUUUGUUCAAACUUCUCAAAAAGAUGCCGAAAGGCGGAUUAUUACACGUUCACAUGGAUGCCAUGUGCGAUGCAUCCUAUCUCCUCAAACUCGCACUCGAAUAUUCUAUCAUGCACCCACUCACGCCACAGGAAAUAAGUCAAGCCGCGAACAAUGCGCUGCCGACAUCUCAAGAUUAUGUACCAGGCUCGUGGGUUGCAGUCCAAAGGGCGCGAGAUGGAUUCCCGAACGAGCUUGGUGGCCAGGAAGGUUUUGACAAGUGGAUCAUUGGUGCCCUGACUAUCAACGCUGAAGAGGCUUACGAGAAGUAUAACACCUCUGCAAAGAUUUGGGAAAAAUUUGAGUCGACCUUUACGGCUGAAGAUGGCAUUCUUCGUUACGAACCUAUAUGGCGCAAAUACGUCGACCAGCUGCUAGUCUCACAGAUCGAGGAUGGAAUUUCAUACGUCGAGCUUCGUCUCUCCCUUGACUCAACAAUUCCGGUGAUUAGCGAAGAUACGACUCGGAAUCUUACCAAUAGCGAAGUAAUGAACAUCACUAUCAGUACAAUUGAAGAAGUGAGCAAACGAAUGCGAGCGCAAGGUAGGGAGAAAGAGUUUGUGGGCGCUCGGGCGAUUUAUACCACUGGGAGAGGAAUCUCUUACGAUGAAAUGGUGCAAGCGUUGGAUGAGUGUCUUGCCCUCAAAGAGGAGUAUCCCGACUUUCUAGUUGGUUUUGAUAUGGUCGGUCAAGAAGAUGCUGGGUAUCCACUUGUCUACUUUUUAGAAGCGCUGCUUAACUUCCGUGCCGAAGCAGACAGGCGUGGAUUGGACAUUCCAUUCAUGUUCCACGCAGGCGAGACCUUGGAUGACGGUGGUGAAGUAGACGGUAAUUUAUACGAUGCAUUACUACUCGGAUCAAAGCGUGUCGGACAUGGCUUCUCCCUCGUCAAGCACCCUCUUUUGAUGCAGAAAUACCGAGAGAACGGGAUCGCAGUGGAGCGAUUUACACGCUCGGCAAGUACGCAUCCUCUUCCGAUUUUACUCAAUCACGGCGUGCCGGUGGCGCUAUCGUCCGAUGACCCAUCGGUAUUCCAGAACCCAGGUCUAUCGUUCGACUUUUAUCAAGCUAUGGUGGCGAGUAAUAUUACCAAUUUAAUCAGCUUGGGGCAAUUGGCACGACAGAGCCUCGAGUACUCGUCCCUGAACUCUUCCAUGAAGACCUAUGCACUAAAAAAUUGGGAAGAACGGUGGUUCGCAUUUCUUGAUGAUGUCAUCGCCUCCGAAUAA